ACACACCCGCUGCGCUCCGUCACCAGCUUUGCAGCCUUGCCCCCACGCCCAGCAAAGCUCUUUCUUUCCGCCGUCUCCUUGGCUGUGUGUCAACACGCUUGGUGGGCCAGUUCCUCUGUGUCGGGGGCACCAUGCCAACACUCAAUGCCAGGUCGCUGAUCUCGCCACUGGGGAUUGUCCGGAUAUUUGAGAUCUUCUUCUCUUGCACGGCCUUCAGCUUGGUGUCUGUCCACAGGAACUAUGCUGGCUCUGAAGGCGCCUGGUCCAUGUUUACCUGGUGCUUCUGUUUCAGCCUCUCUGUCUUCGUUGUGGUCAUGGAGUUCAUCGGCGUGGCCCAGUCGCUGCCUCUGUCCUGGCAGGACUUCACCUCUGCCUUCUCCAUGUUGGCUGCUCUCAUGAUCUUCACCACCUCCAUCCUGUACCCGUCGGUCUUCAUCCCGGAUCGCUGCACGGGUGACUGCAGCUACGAAGGGAUCGCAACUGCCGUGUCUUGCCUCUGCUUCAUCACCUACGCCAUCGAAGUGAGACUGACCCAGGCCAAAGUCGGAGAAGUCAGCACCUUCCUGGCCACCAUCCCCGGCCUCCUGAAAGUCUUUGAGACCUACCUGGCUUGCCUCAUCUUCUCCUUGGUGGCCAGCUACCAAAUCUAUGCAGAGAAGCCCGGCCUGCAGUGGUGCCUGGCCGUCUACUGCAUCUGCUUCAUUGUCACGUUGCUCAUUGUCAUCCUCACCAUCGGCCGUUGCCUUGCCACCCUGCCCAUCCCCUUGGAGAAAUCUCUGGUGGGCUUCAACAGCUUGGCUGUGCUCCUGUACCUCACGGCGGCCGUUGUAUGGCCCAUAUAUGCCUUCGAGGGUUCCUCUAGGCCUUCGACAUGUUUCAGGACUAACCCGCAGUGUAUCAAAUGGGACAAUAAGCUCGGGGUGACCUUUCUGACCAUCUUCAACCUCAUUGCCUACAUUGUGGACCUCGUCUUCUCCACCAAAAUGGUUUUCUUUACCACACCAGCUUAAGCGGGCUCACCUGGGUAGGACUGAAACCACUUAGGAAUGUUGAUGACGUUCAUAAUGUGUAAGACAGAGAGGCCACCCCAAGACUUUGCCCGGAUUCGUUUAUUGGGUGGUUUUUGUUUGUUCAUCUCUUUUUAAUACUAGUUUUCAUUUUAGAACUAUUCCAUGCAUGGAUUGAACCUGUCCUGCCGAACCCUGCUUCCUGAGGGAGCAGACGCCACCAGCACAUCAUUUCAUAUGUUUUAUAUGCAGCUAUUAGAAAUACCCUGCCAAGUCUUGCUGAGAGUUUCUCCGUGGAAAGAGAAAGGGUUUGCAAAAGCCCGGUCAGUGAUUCUGUAUCAGCUGCUGCUCCCCCCCCCCCCAAUAAGGCAGCUAUCUGGUAAGAGGAAGGGAGGUGUUUGCAGGAACGGGAAGAAGAACUUGGGCAAGAAAAAACUGAGAAGGGCACCGGGUGCAGAAUCCUAUCACAGCUGAAUCUGGCACCUUGGCAAGAGGAACUAAUAUUUCACCUUUGUACGAAGGUGGUGAUGCAUAUGAUACUAUUUGCACAAACACAGCUUACUUUACCUCUUCCUGCAACACACACAUCCGGUGUCUAAGAACAAAGGCUGUAUGUGCUUUUCUUCCAAAACUAAUGUUUUUUCCUCCCAAUCGAUUAUUCAAAAUUAAUUUGAUUAAUCUACCAAGCUUUCCUUAAUUGCUGGGGGUGGGGCAACAGAGCUCUUAUUCAUACAUUCCUUGUCUCCCAGGAUUUUAGCUAAAAAAUUAAUAAACUCUAUGGCCUUUUGAACUGGGCAGGGGUAUUGUUUUGUUUGUGCCAGUGUGGUGUAGUGGUUAAGAGUGGUGGACUCGUAAUCUGGGGAACCGGGUUCGAUUCCCCGCUCCUCCACAUGCAGCUGCUGGGUGACCUUGGGCCAGUUACACUUCUCUGAAGUCUCUCAGCCUCACUCACCUCGCAGAGUGUUUGUUGUGGGGGAGGAAGGGAAAGGAGAAUGUUAGCCGCUUUGAGACUCCUGAAGGGGAGUGAAAGGCAGGAUAUCAAAUCCAAACUCUUCUUCUUCUUCUUGUUUGUUAUUAUGUGGUGUAUUUUUAUGUUUUUAUACUGCAAACAGCCCUGUUAAUAAUAGGCACAGUCAGCAAAACAUUCUGUAUAGUAUGAGGGCUGCCAGUGAUCCAUGAUUCUAAAUUUACGAGUAAACCAUGAUCCAUGCCAGUUGUGGCAAUUAAUUUGCAUCCCAUAGGGGAGUAGAGGUAUACCCUGGGUCUUGCUUUAAUUGUGCUAAGAUGGCCCUCCAGGCCAAUGUUGCUCUGAGAAGUGGGUUCAGGACCUCUUUAGCUAAGAAUGAUUUCUUCAGGCAAACGUAAAGAGGUCCUGAAUCCAUUUUUGAGAACGACGUUGAAAACUUGGCAGAAGUGGGCACACUAUCUGGUACCAUCCUGUUGCCACUGCUGCACUUCUAGUUUCACCAGUGUUUCGAGAUCUUAGACAAAAGCACAGCAAGACAGAGGGAGAGGGGAAGACAAAGGGGCUGCAAAGCAUAAAUGACUUUUUUGCGGCUGGUCAGUUCCUAGGUAGCAUUCAGUUGAGAGCUAAGCUGGAGGGAACGUGUCAUAACCGACUGCAAUUAAUCAAUAGGCGGACUUUUGCAAAGUUCACUCUAGAGAGCUGCAUCCAGGGAGCUUAGCUUUUUCUGAACACUGCUGCAGGUCCAAAUUUGAAAGGUGCGCUAACAGUGCUGAAUCAACCCCUUUUAUCUAUGGCAUAUGAAUAUAGAUUAAGGGAAGGAGAUCUAGGAUGAAAAAAUUCCUGAGAAUGCAUGGAACGUAAUGCAGUUGAAACACCCAAGGAAAUUGGAUCUCGGUGAGACUGCGAGGGACAAUCCUUUAAAUGGUAUACCAUCUCUUAAGUUCUGUCACAUGAAUCCAGCUCAGAGGAUGCUCUUUUGGAGAGAGUGCAAACAGGUUUGCAUGAUGUUCCAGGUGGUCCUGGCCUGUGGUACAGGUGUGGUGGGUUCAAGUAUUUCAGGAGAUCGCAACAAUUGUUAACCGGAUUUAUCUGCCCUGACUUCAGUUUAGCCCUUCUCGCAAUACUUCUGGAAAGUGUGAAUGCCUUAUUGCAUGAAGUUCUAAUCUUGUACUAAUCUUGCAGCUGCCUGGCAAGAGAUAGCCCAUCUUUGAUAAUUCUCCACAUAGUUCUCCUUGCAGGCAUGAUGGUCCAAAGUCUGGCUUCUUGCCCUAGUUGAAAAAAUUAUGCCAAGGGAUAGGGUAACGAGGGGUGAAAGCAGGAGGGACCAGGUUGCAGGUACAUGAGACUUCUUCUUGCCUUGUGUGGUGUUCAGAAGGUCGGCGGUUCGAAUCCCCGCAAUGGGGUGAGCUCCCGUUGCUCGGUCCCUGCUCCUGCCAACCUAGCAGUUCGAAAGCACGUCAAAGUGCAAGUAGAUAAAUAGGUACCGCUCCGGCAGGAAGGUAAAUGGCGUUUCCGUGUGCUGCUCUGGUUCACCAGAAGCGGCUUAGUCAUGCUGGCCACAUGACCCGGAAGCUGUAUGCCGGCUCCCUUGGCCAAUAAAGCGAGAUGAGUGCUGCAACCCCAGAGUCGGCCUUAUAGUGCAACCACAACCUCUCAAUAAAAACUUUCAAGUUACAUUUAUUACUGAGACACCUCCCCUGCUAAGCAGUCACUGAUGGUCAUUGCUUAGUGGAUGGAUUUAGUGUGCUUUUGAAUUUCCACUUCCAACAUGUAGUAAAAUGCUAUGCACUGCAUUGUUAUAGCUAUGUAUUGUAUGAUGAUGUGAUGUGUGGAUUUGUAAAUAUAUAUAUUUUAAACU